AAGGUGCUAGAACAAAACACAGCAUCUCUAAAUCAUCACUUUUAUUAACCCAACAGUGAAGUGAUGAUAAUUGACAACUAAAGACUAAUAACCUCAACGGAUAGAGGUUUGUGCUGAUGAUUAGAAGAUGAUGAGCAUUGUCUCCCUUUAGCGACCCUGUGGUGGUGACUCUACCGCCAUUGCCAGCAACCGGUCGAUCGGCUGAGGUGGGAGAGAUCACAAUGGCCAUCCGAUCACGUGAUAGCUGUAGAACUCGGUUUCGUCCUCAAAGCUGGUUCUGGACCAUACCUCGAGUGAUUAGCCUCUUAUUUCUAAUCUUUCUGAAAGUAUCUGCCAAUAAUGGCAAGACCACGUGCUCUAUGCCUUCUGUUGAGCGUCUUCAGGAUACUGUCCUGAUAUGUCACUUUCCCGAGGACCUCGGGCUCGCCAAGAAAGACUUCACGGUCUACCACUAUGUUAACAAAAACAAUCCUGAUGCCGUACUGGACUGUUGGUGGCUGGGUGGCAAAUUAGACUGCUUUUCGAAGCUUGGGUUCAGCUUUAGUAAAACAGUCAGCACACAUCUCAGCGCUACAGUCACCAAAGUGAAUAACACUCAUGAGGGUUCUUACGCCUGUCAAGUCGCAGGAUUUGGACCCAGCUCCCUGGGAACCUGCGAAUUCAAGUUAAAAAUUGGAAAGGAUAACAGGUGCAAUAUCAUCCCGGAUAGACCUAACCAAGCCAACCUGACCUGUUACUUCAACGAGGACGUCAGCAAAACCCAGAGCAACAUCACUGUGUACAGACACACGGGAACUGAUGAACAAAGUCCUGUGUUGAACUGCUGGUGGGAUGGUCAAGAACCUAAAUGCUGGGUAGAGUCGGGUUACCAGUUAUUUCCACACAUUUCAUCUUAUCUCAUCCUACGUCUGCCUAAUGGUGACAGCAACUACUCCUGUGGACACGCCAGUUCUGUGUCAAAUUCUGGAGAUACAAAAAUGUGUCAAAUGGUAAAAGGCAAAAGUUAUUUUUCAGAUAAAGGGAGUGGGAGAGGUGAAACAGAGGAGACCACUCUAACCAUCAUUAUUAUCGCAGGAAUCACUGCCGGCGUCGUUUUGAUAAUUCUGGGAAUUUUCCUUCUCAUCAUUCUGAAACGGAGAAAGUCAGCAAUGAACAGAGGACGACAAGAUGAUGCAGCACAGCAACCUAUGCUGGGAGUGCCCAUGGCAAACAGGAGCAAAGAAAAGAAACCAAAAGUAAAACUGAGUAAGAAAGCUCGCCAGUUGAUGACACAACAGUUUAGCGACUACUUGCUGCAAAGUGUCACAGACAUGUUCCCUGAAAUCAUGACAGGCUGCUUCUUCGUACCACCCGUGUACUUCAACACCACCAGGUACACCACCACCAUUGUGGGCGAUCAGGUAGCGAACAUUCCACAAUCUCCUGACGCGCGUGCUGUGACGCACGACAAAAACGUGCAGCGCGUUCUGCACUGCUUACGUCACUGGGCGGAACACAGGCGCGAGAACAUGUUCGUUGUGACGCAGCUUGAGUACGAAGACUACCUGAAUGGCGAUGACACCUUUGCAGGACACACACUGCCUAAAGCCACCGACCUCGAUAAGAAAAACAAGGCAAUAAAAUGUUUUGACUUGAUGAUCAUUCAUCGUCAGCAUGGUGUUGUCCUCGGCGUUGUGGUAGACGUCGAUCUUGCUGACGACAGUAGAGGAGACGAAGAGGAAGACAAGACUGUACUCAGUGAUUUGUCAGACGCCAUACAACAGCUGAAGAAAGCAGAAGGUGUUGUGAGUCACGUGAUGUCAGACCUAAGCCAGUGUCUUCCAAUACGAAAGACCUUGAUCUUCCCCCUUCUCUCUGUCUCAUCACUUCAGCGUGCGUUAGAGGCGGAUGUCGCCAUGGCCGAGGAGCUUAGAGGGAUAUUGAAUGUUAAAAUCUUCAAAAAGUCUGCGAGCGAAGUAUCCACAGAUGCCUUACAGAAAAUAUCUGCCGACAGACUUCAAACUCCCGAACACGUCGACCAUUCCACCUCUAGUCUGUCAUCUGAUCAUGCUAUUAGAAAGCUCGACGAUUCCGCCACUACAGCCACAGCUGACCACACCUCUAUCAUUAAAACCUUCAAUGAUCUCAAAGCUACCAUACUUGACAAUCCUAUCCGAGCGUGCUUGUGUGCUGACCACCUCUCUGACCUCCAAAAUCCAAGUGAUGUCACGCAAACCGUUCUUGAGGACCUAGAACAAUGGUGGUCGGUUUUGACGCCCAGCGGAUCCGACGACCAACAAAUGAAUGAUGAUUUGUACCAGAAAAUAAUCAGCAGAGUGUGUGGACCUGCUACUACUCCUACGUUUUUUAUGCCUGGUGCCAGUGAACCCGUCCUGUUGCCCAAGACCUUAGACCAGGCUGUGUCGUUGACAGGAGAACUGUUUGAGCGGCUGACACUGUACCCGGACAUGACAGACUUACUCAAGGAACCCAGGCUCUUCAUUUGUGGUCCGCCAGGAACUGGAAAAACGACGAUGUUGAUGUUGGCUGGAAGGUCAUGGUUGUCAGAGGGUCAUGAUGUGUAUAUUCUCAAGACAUCAGAAAGUCGAUUAGAACAAAGUUUGAAGAUGGAAAGCUCCACACGACCGUCAGACGAUGGGGUGAGAGGACAAGUUUUUGUUUACUCUGCUAACAUUCAUGACGAAAAGAGCAGAAAGUCUGCGAUAAAAGAAAUACUGAAACAUUCAGGCCAGAAGGCAGUGCACAUCAUUGCUUAUGAAUUGGAGUGUGACACAGAGGACGUAAAAGACUUACUAGAAAACUUUCUUAAAGUCAACAACAGUCAGGACUGCAUGUGGAUAACACUGUCACGUGGUAGUAGAGGCAAAGCCGUGUGUCGAACAGAGAUCUUCACUAGACCUCUAAGAUGUCCACCAGCUGUAGUGAGAGAAGCGUCAGCAAUCUUAACUCAACAUUUUCCUGAUGUCAAACCCUACAGUCCUUCAGGUUUCCCACCUCCCACUGACGGACCUUCUGUGAAACACAUUUAUCAUGCGGGUCACGGGCACACGAAAGGUCAGCCACGUGACUGUGAGCAUUGCGCAAAUGAAGUGGCAAACUUUCUGACUCGCAUUAUUCGCACUUCGCAAAGUGAUUCUGAAGAAGGCAAAAGUGACGUGACACAAAAGGUCAGGCAAGAGGUCAGGCGACAGUUCUCUCUCCACGCCAGGGAUGUUAUGAUCCUCUUUGAAAGUGACGUGGACCAAACGGAAACUACAAUGUUGAAAAAGCUUAAAGACGCCCAUAUUAUUGUUGACGUCACCGCGGCACCCUCAGCAGGUGACAGUGACGUCACCACGGCACCUUCAGUAGGUGACAGUGACGUAGCAUUGGCAGGGGAGGCAAGUCGGUUGUGUGGCGAGAAAAGAAAAGUCGUGGUGUAUGUUGAGGAUAAUGUCGAUAACUCGGGCAUUUGGUGGACACGAGUGCGUGGUAUUACCAGUUGUUCUUCGCAGCUGAUCAGGGUUAUGAAUGGAAAGUCAGGUCACAAAACAUAAAAAUAUCACGUGAUGGGCAUACACUUGAGUUUUACGUGUUAAGAGUUCCUUUCUCUCUUCUGUCUCACUCAGUCAGCAAUGAUAGACAGAGCAUGUAAUAUACAGGAACAGGUAACACUGCCAAACCUUCUUCCCUUUUUUGUAAGGAUGCACACAUCAUGUUAUCUUCUGAACUGCAGUUGACGUAUUACAACUGACCUACUGUCAUAUCAUUCCCUGUGUGUAAAUAAGACCUCGUUUUUUACUUUUAGUGUCGUUGUCAGUAUAACAUCUUGUGAAAUAUUUUGAAGGAAAUUUUUAAUUAAAAGAGAUUUGUAA